ACCAGUACAGUAGCUUCCGGUGUUGCGGCGCUCAGGGUUUUACAAAGCAGAAGUCACUCGAAAGAGAUUAACUAGGUGUUCAAGUCUGGUUAGGUGUUGCAUUUUUCUGCUAAUGUACAACUUUGAACGCAGCUUUUAAUCGAGGUAUUGGAGUAAGCGAGCAGGUAUCAGAGUACAAUCCAGCUGUUGCCAUGGCAAUUCUAUUUGCCGUGGUAGCCCGUGGAACCACCAUCCUCGCCAAGCAUGCAUGGUGUGGCGGAAACUUCCUCGAAGUGACCGAGCAGAUCUUGGCCAAAAUUCCAUCGGAGAAUAACAAACUGACCUACAGCCAUGGCAGCUAUCUCUUUCAUUUCAUCUGUCACGACAGAAUCAUAUACCUGUGUAUCACAGAUGAUGAUUUUGAAAGGUCACGCGCGUUCAGUUUUCUUAGUGAGAUCAAGAGGCGCUUCCAAACAACUUAUGGGUCGAGAGCACAAACAGCUCUGCCAUAUGCCAUGAACAGCGAGUUCUCAUCCACGCUGGCAGCUCAAAUGAAACACCACUCGGACCCGCGGGGAUCAGAUCGGCUUACGGAUACACAGAUACAAGUGGAUGACUUGAAGGGUAUUAUGGUCCGCAAUAUAGAUUUGGUCGCUCAAAGAGGGGAGAAGCUGGAGUUGUUGAUUGACAAGACGGAAAAUCUGGUUGAUUCUUCUGUUACAUUUAAAACCACGAGUCGUAACCUUGCCCGAGCCAUGUGUAUAAAAAACCUCAAGCUGACUCUUGUUGUUGUGCUGGUGUGCCUGGUGGUCAUUUACAUUAUCGUCUCCGCUUCCUGUGGAGGCCUCAGCUGGCCAUCUUGUGUCAAAUGAGACCGUGUGCAUUACGGGGCUGAUGUGGAACUGCGAGAAUAAAGCGCCUGUUUUACUGUUUUUGCCAAUGGACCGAAAAGGAAACGCAACUUCCCGUGCUUUACAAUUAUUUAGCUUCAGCUUGCCUGGACAACGACACCCAGUCCUCCCUCCUCAAUAGUGCACACAUUUGAUUUGCCUUCGCCUUCAGGACUGGAAAAGUUCCACCACAUGCCACUGGAACAUCAGCAGCUACAACUAAUGCACCACCAUAAUCCUGUCUUAAACUAAUCUGUCUGAUGUUUCACUUUGUGUGACUGUCUUGAAUUUAUGUAUUGCAUCUAUUCAAAAAUACUUUAUUAUUAAUUGUACAUGCCUGUUCAUAAAUGUGCAUAGAUCUGUUUAACCAGUAGCGGGGUCCUGGAUUAUCUAAAAUAUUGUCUUCUCAUCAUAGUAAUAUUAGUAAAUGCAGUAAACCAGACAAGAUCAUACAAAAAUAAUAUUGUGCAUCUCAGUGAUUAUGUAUGUCAUAUUAAAUAUCUGGCAUGCGACUCUAAUGGUUGCUGAUUGAAAA